AUGGCGGACAGUGCCAGUGAAAGUGAUUCCAGCAGUGUUGACGGCCUAAAACUGCCGUUACCUGCCUCGAAGGAGCAGCUUUCCAAGCGAAUCGAAUCACUACAGCAAGAAAAGAUGGUAUUGAAAAUGGAACUGGAGACUUACGAACUACGCUGCAAGGCUUUAAUCGAAGAAAACCGAGCGCUCCGAAAAGCUAGCGUGUCUUUCCAAGCGAAGGCAGAGCAGGAAGAGGAGUAUAUCAGUAACACACUGCUGAAGAAGAUCGAGGAGCUGAAGAAGGAGAAGGAGACGCUCGCUAUGAACUACGAACAGGAGGAGGAGUUUCUGACCAACGACCUUUCCCGCAAACUCAACCAGCUGAGGAGAGAGAAAAUCGAACUGGAAAACACGCUGGAACAGGAGCAGGAGGCCCUUGUGAAUCGACUGUGGAAGCGCAUGGACAAACUGGAAGCUGAGAAAAGGAUGCUGCAGGAGAAGCUCGACCAGCCCGUGUCGGCACCGCCCUCGCCGAUGGAGUACCAGCAUGAUGACAACACUACUGCUGCAGAUACUCUCACCUCUCACAUCCAGUACCUGAAGGCAGAGAUAGCCACCCUGAAACGACAGCUGGAGAUAUCCCAGAC